AUGCGGCAGCCCAAUCUCAUCAGGAUGGGCGCGUACCGGAAUCUCGCGACGGACCAGCUCUUCGAAGAGACGACAGGCUCUCUUUUCUUGCCCAAAGACGACCCAGCCUCUAGGCUCGAGACGUAUGCAUCCUUGGACUCGACAGUUGAAAGCGAUUGGCAAGAGGUUUCGUCGCUCUCGAACGUCGACCCUCUGCCGCUCGGGGUUUUCAUCGAGAAAGCACUCGUCAAACCCGUAGGCGACGCGUCUGCUGACAUAGGCCAUCCCGAAAAGGUGACCUUGCGAGGCCGGGAUGCUCUCAGAGAGUAUCUCAGUGAAUCGCGGCGGACAUGUAUUUUCUUCAUCCGCAAACGGAACUCCUACGCGGCGCUGUCAAUCUCUUCGGAAUUCUUUGGCCACUUGUGCGAAGAGAUCUCCAUUCCCCGGAUGUUUCGAGACUACAUUCUAUAUUUUGGAAGACGACUAUAUGAAGUGGAAAUCGCGCCUCCUCCUUUUAGCUUGGAAGCCUCAAUCACGGUUAAAUCACCAGAAUGGGAGGCGAUGGGGGUCAUACGUUUCAUGGAAGACAAUGGCAAGGUCAACGUCCUCAAUCCAAGUGAGCGAUGGUCAAUCCGCCAAACCGCGUUGUUCUCCAGGCUUGACCGACAACGGUCUCGUGCCGUCUGGGUGUUCGUGUCGCUAUCUAGAUCUACAGAAGCUCUAUUGGAUGAUGUCUGGGCAUCUGCUGAGCAUCAAAUGCAAUUUCCGUGGUGGACACUCCACACUUUCUACUUCUAUGCAGCAUGCAACUGGAGGCCAUAUGUUGUCGCGUUGAUGCAUGAGGUUGAACGGCACGAAAUGGGCCUCCUAGGUUCCUCUCCGGACAACUCUGGGCCCGUCCCUUUGCCGGAAGCAGAAGAACGGCAGGCUUUGCUGAUCCUGGAAAAGAAGAUUUCGACGGCCAAACUGGCCAUCCAAUCGACAAGAGCCGAUGUGGAAUUCCUGCAGGCCGAACUUCAGAGCCAUCAAUGGGAAGCGCCUGAGGCUAUGCCGACAAACUUGCAGAGUUGGCGGCGGCGGUUUGCUGAAAUCGUGCGCCAUCUCAAUGUGAACCUCAUGCGGCUUGAAGACAUACAUUCUCGCCUGCAGAAUCUGACGGCGUUGCAGUCGAGUUUCCUGGAAUUGAACAGCAGCUAUGCAUUGCAAGGGUUGACCCAAGAGUCCAAGCGAGAAAAUGAGACUAUGCGGAAGCUGAACGAGAGAAUGGCUGAUCUCGCUGAGAAGAACGCCGAGGAAGCUGUGACGGUCACGGUGUUGGCCAUCCUGACUAUGGUAUACCUCCCGUUCACCGUCGUGUCCAACUUCUUUUCGACAUCGUUCGUUGGCACGGCUUCCGGCCAUAUCUUCCUUACACGGGACUCGUGGAUUCUAUUCGUCGUCUCCAUCCCUUUGACCUUCCUCACUAUAUAUGCAUGGAGGGCUUGGACCCAGAUUAAGGUCAAGCGGCGAUAUCCAUUCUGGUGGGCGCUGCUAGGCCUCAAGCAAGCACAACGACCUUCGAAAGACUAUCACAUUGACACCUUCAGCAAUUAUGACCGCCAGACCUUCCAUAGGAUUGGAAACUCCCUCUGA